GGGAACGCUUGGUUUUCUCCAGCGAAAAAGAAGGGAACACUGCUUUUGGCCAUGGGGAACGCUUGGUCUGCUCCGGAGAGAACGAAGCUGCGCAAGAAAAUGGCGGAGAAGCUGAUGGACAAAGGGAACCCUAGCCUCCCAUGGGAGCUGAUAGUGGAGAUUCUAUCAUGGCUGCCAGUCAAGUCGUUGGGCCGCUUCAGGUGUGUAUCUAAGCCAUGGAAUGCUCUCAUCGCUGACCCUAAUUUUAUCAAAAUGCACUUUAACAAAACUUCUGAGAACGAUGAUGUGUUCUACCAAAGACGAAGACUCAUCUUCAAUGAGCCAGGUUGUUGUUCCCUUUACUCUGUUAACCUCGACCAGUUAAUUCUGAAUCAGAAUAAUGAUCACGGUGCUGAUGAUUUGAUUGCCCCUGAGGCCCAAUUGGUUUGCGGUGACCUACCAUCUUACAGGGUUGUAGACCUGUUUUACUGUGAUGGUUUGUUGUUGUGCAAGCUAGCUGAAAUGCCAAUGACGAUAUAUCUGGUUAACCCAACUACCGGGGAAUCCGAGGAACUGCCAGAGGCCCCAGAUAAUAUACAACACCUGGGUUUUGGAUUUGAUCACUCCACUGAUGAUUACAAGGUGGUUUCUGCUGUGUUUUACGAUAUGCUUGUGUUUUGUGUCUAUUCGUUGAAAAUCGGUUCAUGGGAAGAGCUCGAGUGUUCACUUCCCUAUUCUGGGGCAUAUACCUUUCAUGCGGUCCUGCUCAAUGGAACUCUUCAUUGGAUAAUGGAAACACCAGACCAGACAUCCAUGAUUGUAGCUUUCCUUUUAGAAGAGGAGCAAGCUGGAGAAAUUCCUUUGCCGGUUGAGUAUUCCAGUGAUGCGGGAGAUUGUGUGUUGGGGGUCUUCAGGGACUGCCUAUGUUUAACACAUUGUAGUGAUGAAAGAACUUAUAAUGAGUUUUGGGUCAUGAAUGAAUAUGGAGAGGGGCAGUCGUGGACUAAGAUAAAGAUCUCCAUCCCUUAUUCCGAAUUAUCACUUUCAGGUUUUUGGAAGGAAAAUCAUGAUCUGUUGGUGUUCCAGAAGCAAUUGGUUAUGUACAAUUUUAAGGAACAAAGCUUUUGCAAUGUAUCAAUCCCUGGAUUUCCCCAUGUUGAUUGCAUUGGAACCUACUUGGAGAGUCUUGUUUCACCGAAUUACUAUGGCAUUACUGAUCGAGAACUUUAAGCAUAAGACAAAUGCAGAUAGAAGAGGGGCAGAUCUGUUUUCUCCAGAAGACAUUAGGUUCCUUUUCUGGUUCUAGAAGAAAUUAUCUUGAAGACCCAAAAAUUGGUUGGUUUGGCUGGCUAUUGUAGGAUGUACCAGUACAAAGAUUUUCCAGCGGUUCUGUCUGUCUCUUCCGUUGCAUCUUUAUGUUUUGAACAAUGUGUUAGGUGUUCUUUGUGAAAUCUUCGUUGAUAGAUCAGUUUCAUUUUGGAAUGAUGGCAUAUCAAUUGGUUCCAAAGCACUCCUAGGUUAUGCUGAUGUUUUCUUCGUCUGCUUUAACAUCCUUAAAGAAAUUGCUAGACAAUUCAAAUGAAAGUUUAUAGGUUGUUAAUUGCUGCAGUAUCCUUGAUUACGAUGCUUGUUUAAAUUUUAAGUUAGCAUAACUGGUUGAGAGAAUUAGCCCACCCCCAACUCAUGAGUUCAAAUAAGGCAUUAGGCCUCCCCUUUGCAAUUUUGUAAACUUGCUGGUGCUUAAAUAAAGCAUUGGUAUCGAACUGAAUUCCGUAAGAACUGAAAUUUUUGCUAGCCUUGAAUAGGGCUAAUUAUACAGAGUCUGUCUUACACACGCUAUGAAAGUAUUCUUGGAAUGGUGUAACAGUCUCUCGGCUACACCUACUUAUUCAAAAUAAUUACAUUUAAAGUGGCCUCGUAUUUGAAUAAACGAAAUACUUUCACAUCAUUUGGUGGUGAAUAAGUAAAGGGACUAAAAUAGUACUCGUAUGAAAAUUACUAUCUAAGUCGAGAAUUUCUUUUAUUUCUUUCCCCUUCUUUUGGGAUGCUUUACUCUUUCUAGAAGUUUGAUUUUCAUGGUAUGUUUACUUGUUAAUGAGUAUUGAAAUUAUUCUGAUUCCUGAUUUCCCUUGUAUUUGCUAAUGCCUUCCGAUUAGGGGAAAUAGUUGAUCUCAUGCCCAUUCCUUCUCGCCUAUUCAUGAUUUCCCUGAUUCAUUACUUUUCCCAUUUCAAAAAACGUAAAUGUGCCAUAAUUUUUUUAUAUUCUAGGCAUAUCGUUUUGGAGUCCACAAUAACGGAAAUUGUUUUUAUUUGCAAGGGCAAUUGGAUUAUCAAGUGUCAUACCCGAAGGCCCAAGUUUGACUGGCCCAGCUCCAAAAACAACUGCAAGUCAAGUCCUGACGAGUUCUGCCCGGAGUCUGACUCAGCAUUAACACACAACUUACAUUUUGUUAAGACACGCAGGCCACACUUUCUAGUUGUUCCCAAGGAAAUGUGGCUGGAAAAAAUGAGGGAGCAGCUGAUGGAAACCCUAACUUCCCGAUGGAGAUAAUAGGUGAUGGGCUGCCAGUCAGGUUGUUAUGCCGCUUCAGCAGUCAGAAUCUUUCAAUUUAUGGAUUUCCCAAAGUUGGUAGAGCUGGGAUGUACAGGGAGAGCCUUGCUUCACCCGUUACCCUUACGUUAUUGACUGAGAACAUUAAGCAUGAGACAGCUGUAGAUAGGAGAGGUAAAGAAGGUAAAUCCACUCAAUCUCUUUCUAGACUUUCUUGAAUGUUUUAAAUUGUUGCUGUAUUUUUGGUGCACGACUGAAUAAGGUUUUAAUAGUUCUACCAUUGUUUGAUGGUCCCUGUGUUGAAUACAAAUGCUUAGCUUGUACUUUGACUAAAAGGAGUUGGAAGAAGUUGCUUCGAUCACCGCACAUAUGAGCAUACAUUGUUUUGUUAGAUGAAUUUUUUGGUUUUAGUUUUGUCAUGUCAGUUUUUUUCAGCCUGGAAAUUAUUCAAAGAUAGUAUAAAUAUUCAUAGUAAUUUUUUCAGUUUUUUUCACCCUAUGCGUUUUUUUGUCACCCUUCUACUGUAGUAUAUCCGAACAUAAUAAUGUUUUCGUGCCAAAUAUUUAUCUGCUAAAUUUUUUUUUUCUUCAUAAUUUGACUUUCCUUUUGUCCUUCUAGAGCUAGGUACUCAAUAGGAAACAGCAAAUUUUUGGGAAUGUUUUGAAGUGCUUAUGUUUAAGAACUUUUGCUCAGUAGCACUUUUUGUUAGAGGCACAUAGAAAGUUUCCUCAAAAGCUCAAGUGGUUUUGCAGAUUCACCUGACAAUGCUUUCGGAUAAGGAACCUAUUAUUGUUUCUUGAUCAGGAAGCACUAAAAGUUUCUCCAGAAAGAAUUCUUAUUAUUUUUGCCAAAGAUUAACCGUUUUAGGUAUCUAAAAGUUUCUUUCAAUAUAUUAAAAGCACAUCCAAACAUACCCUUCUUGUUAGACGUGGUAGCUGGUCUCAUAGAUACAAGUCCUUGAUGUUGUAUAUUGGCUAGCCUCGUACUACUCAUAUCUCUCACUCAUUUUGGGUGUUUCAGUUAGAUUGGCUUUGUAAGGAAAGCAAGGAGUCAAAAGAAUCAUGUUGUGAAUUCCUGAGACGUUGUCAUUGCUUUUUCCUUUUUACCUUUGGCUUUUAAUAAGUACCACAUGUCAUUUAUUCCUGGCUCUUUGUACAAGUCAUGGCCAAAUUUUUGGGGAAUGAAUUUUUUCUAUUGUAGGUUGAUCAUCCUUUAUUCUUUAUUUUCAUCAAUGAUUUUGCUAACUGAUUGCAUGUAAUUUGUUGAGGAAAUGGUGGAUUGUCCUCCUCCGCCAGCGUGGUUGUUUUCAUCACUUGCACCCUUGUCUCAUAAGGGGCAAAUAUGGAUUCACCAUAGGAAAUGAGCUUCAAGACUCCAGAAGUAGUUGGUUUAGCUAUAGUAGGGAUGUACAAGUACAAAACUUUUCUCAUAGUUCUUUGUAACACUCAUUUCCCAUUACAUCUUAGGGAUUCAGAUGAAGUGAUUCCAAAUGCUGGAAUCCAGUUGACAAUAUGUUUACUUUGUUUAUUUACACUAUUGCAGUCCCAUGUAUCAGAAGAAUAAAACAAAUGAAUUUCAAAAGAUUCCGUGCAUAUUGUUUCAAAUAUAUUCUUUUUUAGAUAAUUGUUUCAAAUAUAUUCAAAUUUACCCUA